GGGGGUGGAGUCAUUUCAACGGUCUCUGGCGUCUGCAUGGCCUGGCAGAAGCGCUUGGCGGAGGCAAGCGGAGCUGCUGAGUAGUGGCGCCGGGGGCACCAGAGAGAACGCACCCCGAUAUCACAUCCACCCCCACAAGCCUUUACUGUGGAGCAGUGAACUGUUUAUGGUUCCUUUUACUUGAGAUCAUGCAGAGAGCUUCACGCCUGAAGAAAGAACUGCACAUGUUAGCCAUAGAACCUCCCCCAGGCAUCACGUGCUGGCAGGAAAAGGACCAAGUGGAUGAUUUGCGAGCUCAAAUAUUGGGUGGAGCCAACACACCUUAUGAGAAAGGUGUUUUCACGCUGGAAGUUAUCGUUCCUGAGAGGUACCCAUUUGAACCACCACAGAUCAGAUUUCUGACUCCAAUCUAUCAUCCAAACAUUGAUUCUAGUGGAAGGAUUUGUCUAGAUAUUCUCAAAUUGCCACCAAAAGGUGCGUGGAGACCAUCCCUCAACAUCGCUACUAUAUUGGCCUCUAUUCAGCUGCUCAUGGCAGAACCCAAUCCUGAUGACCCACUAAUGGCUGACAUUUCCUCAGAAUUUAAAUAUAAUAAGAUAGCUUUUAUCAAGAAUGCCAGGCAGUGGACAGAGAUUCAUGCAAGACAGAAACAAAAGGUUGAUGAAGAGGUGCUAGACAACUCAUCAGAGCCUGGUGACUCUCGGGAGUGCAGCUCCGCACAGAAAAGGAAAGCCAGGCCACUAGGAGGCAUAGAAAAGAAAUUCCACCCCGAUGUUCAGAGAGUUUGUCCUGGUCCCUCUUAAUUAAUAGUGUCUGUGACAAGGUGCUCUCUUGCUUGCUUUUCUUGAAUGUUUUUCUUUGUGUUUGAUAACAUAAUGUUUGUAUCUUAUAAAAGACCUUGUAUGUUUAUGAACUCUGCUGUGCAGUGAUGCUUUAAGGAUAGUUUGUUUUAUUUAUCUUGUACAUAUGUAUUUUGAAAACUUUUAAACUUGGAAAAUAAAUAAAACUUAUUGUUAAGUAU